AACAUUUAAUUUUUUAAUUUGUGCUGUUAAGUUGGACAUGCAUCUUCUUGAUAUACAUGCAAUAUAACCCUUUAACACGUAUAGUUAACAGAAUUAAAAGAUACAAUAAUCCUAAUACAAUAUUGUACGUUCACAAAUUUUUUUUAGUCGACAAAUCAGUGAUAACAUUUACAGUUAAUUUAUAAUUACGCUGGAUAGAGCAUUUGAAAGACAAAUCUAAUUAGUUAUAAAUAUGCCUGAUCAACCAAAAGUCAUACUUGUAACUGGCGGGAGUGGAUUAGUUGGUACAGCAAUUAAAACAAUUAUUGAAGAAAAUAAAAGAUCGGAUGAAAAAUGGAUAUUCGUUGGUUCAAAAGAUGCAAAUUUGUGCGAUAAAGUUAGUACUGCAAAAUUGUUUGAUAAGUAUAAACCUACACAUGUGAUACAUUUAGCUGCUAUGGUUGGUGGUCUUUUCCAUAACAUGGCUCACAAUUUAGACUUUCUGAGAAAUAACAUUCAUAUGAAUGAUAAUAUUCUACAAACUGCUCAUGAGACUGAUGUUAAUAAAGUUGUUUCGUGUCUUUCUACUUGUAUAUUUCCAGAUAAGACCACAUACCCUAUUGAUGAAACUAUGAUUCACAAUGGCCCCCCACAUCCAUCAAAUUAUGGUUAUAGUUAUGCCAAAAGAUUAAUAGAUAUCGCAAAUAAAGGGUACAAUGAACAGUAUGGUAGAUUAUAUACAAGUGUUAUACCCUGUAAUGUAUUUGGACCAAAUGAUAAUUUUCAUCCAAGUGCUAGUCAUGUUAUACCAGGACUAAUAAGAAGAUUAUAUGAUUUAAUAGAAGAUGGAAAUACAGAAGAUAAAGUUUUCACAGUAUUAGGCUCUGGCAAACCUUUGAGACAAUUUAUUUAUAGUUUGGAUUUGGCAAAAUUAAUAAUUUGGGUUCUCAGAGAAUAUAAUUCUGUAGAGCCAAUUAUUUUAUCAGUUGAUGAAUCUCAAGAGAGAACGAUAACUGAAGUUGUCAAUGCAAUAGUAAAAGCUUUCAAUUAUAAAGGUUCAAUUCGUAACGAUGUUAGUGCUGCAGAUGGGCAAUAUAAAAAGACAGCAAGUAACGCCAAAUUACGAAGUUAUUUGCCAGAUUUUCAAUUCACUCCAUUUGAUCAAGCAAUUAAAGAGACGGUCGAUUGGUAUAUAAAAAACCAUGAUCAAGCUAGGAAUUAAACACGUAUAAGGAUCGAUAACAUAAGAUAUAUAAAUAAUUCUGUACAAAUUAUAAAUAAAUAAUGUACAUAUUUAUAUGUAA